AACUCACUCUUUGACAUGUGUGGGUUAUUGCUUGUUCAUUCAAUUUACUAUCUCGUUGGCUUUUCUGCUUACCUUUCCACUUUCGUUGCGUGGCAGAUCGCGGCGAGCUGAAAUGAAUUCUGCGGUGCGUACUUAUUGUUCAAACACACAAAUACACACACACACACACACACACACACUCGCACGCACCUACAUUAGCGCUUCCCCACUUUUUGACUGGUGCGUGUUCGCGUGUGCGUGUGUGAGUGUGUGGACGGAGUCGUGUCCUGGAGAAGUUUCCAAUGCGUGCGUCAAAAGUACGUGAGGAUUGCGGCGCAUUGGAAGGCUGUAGUGUUGAAUGAAAGGAAGGAGGAGGGAGAAUCAUACAUUAACUCCUGCAGGCUGCGGGGACUCUCCAGUUGAUAGAAGCCAAGACAGGAGGAUGCACUCUGAGAGACACUGACAAGCUUUUUUUUGUUUGUUUUUUUUCUUGAGAAACACCGAAAUGAAACCCAAACGAAAAUCCACUUAAUUCUUUUUUCUUUUUUUUUUUUUUUUUUUGGCUACCCGGUGUUUUCCAGGGGAUUUUACGCACCCAAAAGAGAGUAAAGAAAACGCUGCAGAGAUGAACGUUGCGUGGUUGUACAUGCUCCUGAAGGAUCCGCUCUCCUGAUAAAGGGACCAAAGAGGACAAAACAAGGCUGUCCAUGAUAUUUUCCAAAAGAAGAUUGCAAAGGUGGAGCGAUUAGAGAAGGGCUGAUGACGGGACUAUUAAUCCUUUCAGUGCAUCAAAAGCACCAAAGGGCAUUUGAAACGCUUGGAUGGAAAUCGGGCGAGUGUUUAGAACUGUUUUUGGUUCUAUAUGAAACUGGUGAUUAGUUGAUGUGACAAGUCUGCGAGGAUUUUUUUUUUUCCCCACUGAAGAUUUUAGUAAGGAAGUAAAUGUGCUUGUUGUUUUUUUUCCCCAUCGAGGGGUUGUAUGGUAUGAGCGGUUUCCCGGUGUGAAAACUCUCAUCUCAAUCUUUUUUUUCUCUUCAAGUAUUCCUAAAUCUAAAUGGAAUUAGUUGAGUCUGAAGCCGUUUGUGAAAGGAACAGACAUGGUACAUGGGCACAGCUUCCAUCACGUUGUUGCAAGUCUUCUCAUACUUGGGUUGUCUGGGGCAACAAGGAAGGAUACAGCAGUGAAAAACAAUUCUGGAGUGAAGCCUGCAGGUCAAUGUGGAACGUGGGUGAAGGAACCAGAAGGAGGGCUCUUCACGUCUCCCAAUUACCCAAACAAAUACCCUCCAGACAUAGAGUGUGUUUACAUCCUUGAAGCCCCCCCAAGGCAGUGUAUUGAUCUACACUUUGAGGAGAAUUAUUCAAUCGAGUCCUCUUGGGAAUGUAAAUUUGACAACAUCGAGGUUCGGGAUGGACCGUUUGGCUUCUCCCCAAUUCUCGGACGGUACUGCGGUCAGCACAGCCCGCCCGAUAUCAGGAGUAGCGGCCGAUAUCUGUGGAUAAAAUUUGUUACAGAUGGUGAACUGGAAGCGGUGGGAUUUUCAGCAAGUUACAACUUCACUGCAGAUCCGGACUUUGCAGACUUAGGAGUACCCCCACCUCUGCCCUCCUGUCAGUAUGACAUGGUUGGUCCAGAAGGUAUCGUUGAGUCCCAUCAGAUCACGAGAGACGGGAAGGCUGGCGCCACAGAGGCCGUCGACUGUAAAUGGUACAUCCGUGCUCCGCCGCGCUCGAAGAUCUACCUACGUUUUCUCGACUAUGAGAUGGCCAAUUCCAAUGAAUGCAAGCGCAAUUUUGUGGCAGUGUAUGAUGGUGGCAGUUCGGUGGAAGACCUGAAGAGCAAGUUCUGCUCCACGGUGGCCAACGACAUCAUGCUGGUCUCCACGCUGGGUGUCAUCCGCAUGUGGGCGGAUGAGGCGAGCCGCAAAAGCCGCUUCCGCAUCCUUUUCACUACCUACCAAGAACCUCCAUGUGAUGCAGAUGCCUUCUUCUGUCACAGUAACAUGUGCAUAAACAACACGCUGGUGUGCAACGGCAUGCAGAACUGUGUCUACCCCUGGGAUGAGAACCAAUGCAAAGAGAAGAGGAAAGCCAACAUCCUGGACAACCUGAACAACACAAACGGGACCAUAAUCGGUGUCACCUGUUGCAUCGUCCUCAUCCUCCUCAUCGUUUCUGUCAUCGUCCAGAUCAAGCAGCCACGUAAGAAGUACAUCCUGCGGCGUGAGGACUUUGACCCCACCAUGUUCCAAGAGGUCUUUGAGCCGCCUCACUACGAGCUGUGUACUUUACGGAGCGCCACCACAGCCGCAGCGGCCUCAGCAGACUUGGUCGACCUGGCAGAAGACUUUGAGAACUACCAUGCCCUUCGUCGUGCCUCCUCGCGUUGUGUCCACGAUCACCACUGUGGCUCCUCCUCCAACCCAGGCUCUGCCCACAUAUCCCAAUUGUCCCUGAGUGGACGAGGAAGCCGUGGCAAUUUGAGUGCUCGAGACGCCACGGCCGCCACUCUGCUCACAGACCUUCCACAGCCACCCAUGUCAGUGCGGCCAUUGCUGCCGGCCACUGGAAACCGAAGGAGCAUCUUGGUCAUGAAGCACAGCUACUCGCAAGAGGCAGCGGACAAUGGAUGUGACCUGGACGACGACCUGGAAGAAGUUCCCACCACCAGCCACCGGCUUUCACGCCACGAAAAGGCAGUACAGCGACUUCUUGAGAAUAGUGCAAUCCUGGAUCAGUACGAACGGGCCUCACUGACAUAUGAAAAGGCGGAGCGGAGAUUUACACCAGCAUGAUGCUGAUGCUGAUGAUGAAGGGACACUUUGACGAAAGGAUACUGAAUAUGUGUAAUGUGAAAUCAUGUGCAAAGAUGAACACUAAGGACUAGAUGAAAAUACUUUAGCUGCAAUGCUGUGGAGCGAUUUUGAAGUUUUGGAAAUCAGUCAGCACUGUGCGUAUUGUAGUCAAUCCAGAUUUUUUUUGUCUAGCUGGAAAGAAAUGGACCUUUAGAAUGAAACAUGAAAACAUGAUUAUUCAUUAUUAAACUUUAAAUUUGGGAUGUUAGUCAGAAACAUAUCUUCCACUGUCAUAGAUUCCUCAUUGAAAAUGUGAUCAAACAUCUUUAAAUUAAGUUUUGAGCAUGUAUUUUUCAAAUUAGUAGCCAUAUUAUUUCAAUAGCAAAUUAUAAAAGCUUGCAGUUUGACAAAACUAGGAAGAUUUUUUUUUAUUACUGAAAAUUGGAACUAAACUCAAUUAAUUACUAACCUAAUUAAAUCUAAUGCUGGAAUAACCAGAAGCAGUUUAAUUUGGAUAAUAAAUCAAGGCCGAGUUGAAUGGCUUGUGCAUGCUUCUUUUAUAUCCAUUAAAGCAUUAACAUACUAACAUUAAACUAUAAAAAGCCCCCAUCUACUAAUACAUAAGUCAUAUGGACAUAAGAAGUGGUAAAAAAAAAAAAAAAAAAAAAAAAGCAUCUUCACUAUAAUUAAUUGCAUUGCAUGUUGUUGCUUAGCUAAAUCAUUAGGUUAAGAGAAUUACACAGAUGAAUUUCACCAGUUUCUUUUUAACACAAACUCCCUUUUAAAUAUAUUGACUAACUUUUUCACAGGCUUUUUAUUUUAAGAGGGUUUUUUUUUGGCAAACAUAUUUACUUCAAGUCUGUUUGUCUUUAACUCUAUUCUACUGUAGGAGCUUAAUAUCUUUGUAUUAAAACAGAUUUUUUACUAGGGCAAAUUGAAACGAUGACAGUUUUUACAGUUAUUCCAAUUAUAUUUCAGGGCUGAUUUUACUGAUGCUUUGUAAAAUAAAUAACAAUAAAGCUUCACCUUUUUUCUUUGUUUUAUUGGCUUUUGGUCCGUAGUUCCUAAUGUGUCAUCAGACUGUCAGCUAUCCAUGUCUUACAAUCAUAUGUUUUUAGAUGUUGGUUUAUUUGUUGUGGCUGAUUUGCUUGAGAGGGAGACCAGACCCAAACCACCGAAACAGGACAAUAAAACGAGUCCUAGACGGUUCAAAUAAUCCCAGGUAAUCACAGGUAUCUGACAGACAAGUUAAUUGACUUUUUGUGUUUGUCCUGAUGAGAUUAACCCCAUAUAUACUGCAGAAGGGACAGGAUCAACCUCAAACAACACUCACUGCUGGCAGGCUGGUUUUGUAGAGAAAAAAAAACAACCUGCAUCAUGUGGAAAGUGAGAAGAGCAGAUCAGCUGUGAGCACAAUGACAUAAACAUACAAUUCACACACAUAAUGCAUAGGAUGUCUUUUUUUCUUACGCUCUGUCAUUGUCCAAGUACUUAUUUUCUUCUUACUGUGUCAAUUUGUUAUGGUAUUUGCCAUCUUUGUGUACAUUAUUUUCUGUAUUCGGUGUCAUGUAUGUAUUAUUUACAUCCAUGCUCUCCACUCUCUUUUUCCUCCAUAUUUGCACAUCAUACACACACCCAUAUUUCUGCAUUUACUGAAUAAAAUGUUUCUUUUCUAUACAUACAUUGUGCCGAUGUCUGUGUGUUGUCUCUCUGCUUUACAAUAGUGCCAACACCUCUGUUAUAGAUAUUUCUAAAGUGCUCUCAUACAUAAUCUCUCUUUUCUUCUCUCUCUUUCUCUCUCUCUCUCUCUCUCUCGAACACACACACACACAAGUUACACUCAUCUGCCAGUAUAUAGAUAGAGGCAGUCACUAGUUAAGUAAGUCUGAACCAUUUCGAUCACAAGCAGCCCAGGCAGCAGAUGAGAAAACGGAAGGCCCAGAACAGAAUUAAAGUAAUAGUGUUUUUAUUUCUCUGCAGAUACAUCAGACAGAUGCAUCAUUCCUCUGCAUCUUGCCAAGUCUGACAGCAUUCGGAGCUAAGGUUUCUCUCCCUUACAUCUUGAGUGAACUGUUGCCCUGAGCAACUUUACCAACGUAGAGUGUUGUGAUGAGAAAAUUAAAUUAAAAAAAAGGUUUGUGAUGUAUGCAGUUUUUCUUCUUUGCUUCGGACCGCAGCGGUGCAUUUUCCCUACCUGUGCUCUAUUACUGGCUAGGAUUGACGAGCCAUGGAACACUGAUUAUCGCAGAUAUGGGACUGAAACUUUGUUUUUUUUGAAAAAUAGAGUACCUUUAAUGUAAAGUUGUUAAUGGAGAAAAAAAAAAAACAAAAUCAGGUUUUUUAAAUCAUUUUCAUGUAACCAUCAAAAUAUGAAAUUGCAUAUUUCACAUUAUAUUUCUUAUUUUGAUGUCUUUACAGUAUCAGGUUGUUUUUAUAUCCAAACAAUUACAGAUAGCCUUGUUGAGAAGACAAAACAAAAAAAGAAAGUUUGAAAUAAAGUGAUGUUAAACUUAAUAAAUAGGUGCAUAUACAUGAUUCUACUGACCCAUCAACUAACCUUUAUUUAUUCCCACUCUCACUGAUGUCUGAACAUUCUCUUUGUCAUUGCAUUGUGGUGUUUUUUUUAACCCGUUUGCAUAUUUAUUUGAUAAAACAUUAAGAAAAAUGCUGGACAGAUGUUUUCAAUAAACUUAUGUUUACGGA